AUGAAAAAUAAGAUGAAAACUUUAAGGGUGUUGAACACGAUCUCUUUAGAUCAAAACGCUGUGUCUAUCCGACGCCAUAAUAUAUCUUCCCCUUGUUUCUGCCGGGCGCAAAGACGUCCGGUGCCAAGUUCUCCUAGUCUUCUAGUGAACCGGCCAAGGAAGUUGCCCAUGUUCUACAAACCUGAUAUCGAUGAUCACAGACUCUUGCACGACCCAAUCCAUACACAAGACGGGCAACGGAAAGACACCGCCAUCAAUGCCGAGGAAUAUGGACAUUUCGUAUGGAAUCUCGUCACAUGGCAUCUGCGUGAGGAGACGAACAGCAAUGCGGAGCAAGUUCCCUACGGAGUUUAUGAAUUUGAGAGAGCCAGCCUUGAAAAAACUGUCGAUGUCAUUAUCAGCAAAUUCGCGGCAGUCCACAUUGCAGACGAAGUACUUGCGAAUGGUAUCCUCGACAUCCGCAAGACGAUGCUAGUCGCAAGGUGCGGCUACUAUCAGUAUGCUGUGGUCAAAGAUACAGCUGAAAUGAAGACUCCAAGGAAUUCGGAAGCAAUUCUGAACGGCUUAGAAAGAACCCUAAGAAAGUUGCAGCUUAUGAAGCAGCUAAGAAGAAGGAGAACUUGAAGAGGUAGAGAAAAGAAGCGAUAAUUGUAUACUUGCAACACUAAGCCAUAAUGGCAUUGAUUUCCACCUUAGCAACCUGUCGUCUAGCUUACCAUCCCCGCUGCUCUUACAGCAUAGGUUAUCUUAUUAAGCAAAGACGACGUCUUUUACGAGGUUCGAAAUGAAUUUGACACUCUGGCCGUGUGCUUUGUA